CUAGCAAUGCUCGUAGUUGCUUAACCCAUACUGAACAGGUGAAAUAGUGCGAUAAAAGAAGCAUUUAUAAGUUUUAAUUACUAAUGUUACAAUUAAAAAAUUUGGAAUUACAAUUAUUACAUCACAAAAAUAGUGCGUGCAAGGUUUCAUAGGCUACGGAGGCACCACAGCCACAGGGGACCGGUUGAUUCUUUUCAUAAAAUUUCAAUGUGUUCUGGAAAUGGUUUGCAAAGAGGACGUGGUAUCAUGGUUUAAAGAAUUGGAAAGCUAUAAACGCAUAGACGCAAUGUGUACAUUAUUAAAUAUGUGCCUGCCAUUCGAGCUACGGUUUAUAGGCACCUAUUUAGAAGAACUCGGAAAGCGGGAUUUUCAGGAGCUGCGUGGUGCAGAAUUAAGAGCAAACAACCCAACAGACUUGGCUGCUGACAUCGGAGGAGCAGACACAGACUCCAGAACACGACGGAAAAUGGCAUUGUAUGUUUCAUUACUGCGUUCAUGUAAUUUUGCGUGUGCCACUACAUUGUACAAUGCGAUGGUGAAUUUGGAACAGAGUGGGCUUCUGAAAGGCCUUUACGGUGAUUUGUUGGAGGAAAUAUUGCUGUUGUACACAAUGGCAUUACAUCAUCCGGCUUUUACCUUCGAUCAGAAAUCUCAUUUUGGUGAUAUACUAGAGAAAUUGAAACUGGAGGACCAAAGGAUACAGUAUCAAGAACAACAGGAGCAUAUAAAUGUUGCAGUCAGUGCGUGUCACACACAACCUUCUAUUACACCAAACAUGUCAGUGCCACCUCCAAACUUACCGGGUAUGGGCCCUCCCCCAGGACUAGUGUUUGUCAAAACACCAGGCGUACAGCCUCCAAGUUCAGAUUCAGUGGCGGAGUUAAAUUCUCCGCCGGUGCUGAGUAGUGCGGGUAAUGUGGUUCCUAUGUUAGGUGAUGUGCCACACCCACCACCAGGGCUGCCAAUGCCACAAUACAACAUGGGAGAAUAUAUUGGCCAGCACACCUGGCCGGCUAACCUGCAACAAGUCAUUGUAUCUCCCCUCAAUCAACCUAUAGAGGUUCUAAAUUACGCGGCGCCGCCCGGGGCUCCGCCCUCGCCGCUGGUGUCAUCCCCCGGCGAGAGCCGAGCCGCCUCGCCUCGCACGAGACGCCGCCUCUCCCGGGACCGGUCACCCCCUUUAGCUACAGUUGGACCGGAGCAGCCUAUGUCACAUCUCACCGCUAACUUUGACAAUAUGAGUGUGGCCGAGAUGCGACAUAACAUAGGAGAGGAGCGGCUCCGCGAGAUGAGCUUGGUGCACCAACAGUACCGCUCGCUGGAGAAGUUGAACGGCGUGCGGCGGCGGGCGGGGGCAUACGCGCCGCGCUCGUCGUCCGACAGCGGAUCCAGCGCCGCCUCCUCCCCGCCCGGCACGCCCGCGCUCGUGCGCCGACCCCCCGCGCCCCCCGCACCGCCCGCGCCGCCCGUCCCCUACAUGCCCUACCCGCGCUACCCCUACCCCGCGCCCGCGCCCUACCGCCCCCCGCCGCCGCCCUUCGCCAACGGCGAGCCCCCACCGUACCCCGCCGCGGCGCCGUACGCCGGCUUCGUGCCCGUUCUGUACGCGCCGCCGAAGCUCUCGUGCUGGAACUGCGGCGCCGCCGGCCACGCGGGCCACGAGUGCAAGGAGCCCAGCAUGGAGGAGAUGACCCGGGCCGGCGGCUACCAGCUCGACUUCGGUGGCGCCCCCCCGUCCGAGGCCGCCGACAAGUAGGGGGCAGGGCGGCGGCCGCCGUCGACUGACGGGCUCCGCUUGUAGAUUUCUUCGCCCCGGGAUUGAGAUGACGCGCCGUGCACCGGUAAGGGUUUCGGGGCGGAAGCCGAGGGGCGCGCGACCGUCGCGGGGCGUCCGGCGUCGCUCGGCGGCCGGUCCGGACGGUCCGCCGCCGUACUAGUCUGUUUUUAGGCUUACGUACGCUUGUGAAACUAAUCGAAGUUACAAAGGUUUAACUGAUUUUAAAUGUGCACUUCAGAUUUCCUGUUAGUUUUGAUCUCUCUAGUGUUCCCCCUCAAUGAGUAGUUGAAAACAAGUUUAAAUUGAAGCAAUUAAUUGUCUGACAUCAAAAUUAUUAGUAAAAUGGGAAUAGAAAUAUUAAGAUA